GGAGCAACAAUAACCAAACAACAACAAAAAAAAUCUGAUCCCCCAGACAAGCCCACCGUAAAGCCCUAAUCGGUGAUUAUUCUCACAAUUCCUUGUUUCAGACUCGACUAAAUUAGAAAAAUAAAAUUAACCAUAAAUGAAUAUAUAUUUCCCCUUCCGUCGUUUUGCAAUCUACGUUUUUGUGAGAUUUUGAAUAUAUAAACCAAGAAACUCAGAGAGAUUUUCAAUUUUGGUUUCUUGUUUUAAGGAGGCGAAAACGAGGAGAAGAAAAACAAGGUCAGUUUUUCCGGUUGAGUUCCUUUUUGCUACUUUUUAUGGGUGCUCCAAAGCAAAAAUGGACACAAGAAGAAGAAUCAGCUCUUAAAGCUGGAGUUGUGAAACAUGGAGCAGGAAAAUGGCGCACAAUACUUAAAGAUCCAGAAUUUAGUAGUGUCCUGUAUCUACGCUCAAAUGUAGAUCUUAAGGACAAAUGGAGAAACAUGAGUGUUAUGGUAAAUGGAUGGGGCUCUCGGGAUAAGGCUAGGGUAGCACUGAGAAGGGUCCAGCAGGUUCCUAAACAAGAUGAAUACGCUACUUCUAGUGCUAGUGUUGCUGUGCAAAGUGAUGAAGAAACUGGGGAAGCCAUGCUGCUCGAGGGUUCUGCUGAUAUGCAGCAGACACAUCAGAGUUCAGGGCCAAAAAGAUCUAUCGGAAGGUUGGACAAUCUUAUAAUGGAGGCCAUCACUGACUUGAAGGAGCCUGGGGGUUCUAAUAAGACAACAAUUGCUACAUAUAUCGAGGAACAAUAUUGGGCUCCUCCAGACUUUAAAAGGCUAUUGUCGGCGAAGUUAAAGUUUUUGACAGCAAACGGGAAGCUGAUUAAGGUCAAACGCAAGUACAGGAUUGCGCCUACGCCAGCAUUUCUCGACAAAAGACGGACUUCCUCCUCACUACUGUUUGAAGGACGCCUGAGGGAUUCUCCCAAUUUUGAUAAGGACGAAACCUUUGCACUUAUGAAAUCCCAGAUUGACUUAGAAUUAGCCCAGAUGAGAACCAUGAGUAAGAAAGAGGCUGCUGCAGCUGCUGCUCGGGCAGUUGCGGAUGCAGAAGCUGCCAUUGCAGAAGCCGAAGAGGCAGCAAGGGAGGCCGAGCAAGCGGAAGCUGAUGCAGAAGCAGCACAAGCUUUUGCAGAAUUGGCAAUGAAGACAUGGAAAGCAAGAAACGCCCAGAAGAUGAAUAUGCAGAUGAUCCGACCUUGAUGGAAAUCAUAGAAUGGUUAAUAAAGAGCAAUUGACAUAUCUUCGGAUGACUUCCAGUUCCAGAGGACACAUUCGUCAUUUGCUGACACAGUGUAGUUUCAUUAGUUUCUUGGCUUAGAAUUCACUGUAUUAUUUAUAACUGUAAGUUAUGUUAAGGUCAUUUCCAUAGCUGGAUGCAACACAGUCUUAGUCAGUAUCUGUAUCAUUACUAUUUUUGCUAGUAAUCUUUAUUUUUUAGAAUAUUUUUUUGCUAGUAAUCUUUGUAGAUAACUA